AUGUUAUUUAUUUUAUUAAGAAAAAAAAUCAAUUUUCCACUCUCAGUGGAGCGCAUAGCCCAAGCGGAGUGGUCACUGCUUCACGUAAGCACCUUACAGACUAUUGGCUCUCCACGCGCUCAACCUACCAGAGUAUAACAUGUGUCCACUAAACCCCGCGUCCUAUUUUUUCUUCAUGACUAAGCUUAAAAUGGGACCCACAGGGAUGAUGUAAGCCCAUGCACCCUUUCUAAAAAGCCAAGCGCUGCCCCACCACCAGAAGUGCCGCCUGACUCAAAAGCUACCCCCUUCAGUAAAUGACCAAAAUGCCCACAUGUGGGUCACACCAAACUGCCCACAGGUUUCCCAAUAAAUACCACUCUCCUGUCCUUCGAUUCUUCCCUUUUCCCCUCCUCUCCUCUCCUUCCCUAUUAUAACGGUUUUCCGGCCAUGUUGUCCGCUUUCCCGGUCGGUUUUCCCUCCGACUCCUUCCUCGGAAACCCCUUUCCCCCUUUUGAAAGCUGUUUUCCUCCCUGGGACUCCUAUCAAACUUCUUUUGUCUUUCCACCUCCCCCCAAAGAAGAAGAACCGGUUGCCUUCAGCCCACAACCUUCUCAAGAACCGGUCAGUUCCAACUCCGGUUCAGACACAUCAAACCCAGCACCCGUCACCCCGAAUUCCGGUUCCACUGAACCGAAUCGGAACAACUCUAAAAACUUAAGCUCCGGUUCGGACCGUAGUAGUUCUAAGAAAGUAAACCCCCGUUCCGACGGUACUAGCAGUCGCUUAGGCCCCGUCAUAGACGAACGAAAGCGUAGGCGCAUGAUAUCGAACCGAGAGUCCGCGCGGCGGUCCCGCAUGCGGAAACAGAGACACCUGGAGAACCUGAGGAACCAAGCGAACAGGUUUAAAGUGGGGAACAGGGAAGUAAUGAACCGGCUGCGGCUGGUGGUGCAUCAAACCCAAUUGAUCCAGGCGGAAAACGAACGCCUCCGGUCGGAGGCGGUGGUGCUCCGACAAAGACUAUGGGACAUACGGCAAGUGCUACUCGUACGGCAGCUUCAGCAGCAUAUGAAUCCCUCUGCAUGGCCAUUAAUUAAUAACGUGGAAGCUGGACAACCUCUGCCCCACUCUCUAAUUACUUAAUAAAUAAUUACUAAAAAAUAAAACAUGCAUGAACGUGAGAUAUCACUCUCUCUCUCUCUCGAUCAGUCUUUCUUCUCUCUCUUUGGGUGUCAACUAAAUUAAAGAUAGGUAGUAUAGGGACGUAAUAGCAGAAAAGUAAGGUGGGUGUGAAUUUUGGGCGACAAUUGAUUUUGGUUUUGUCAAAACCAGACUAGUGAUGAUUAAUCAUUUUGUAAUUAAAGAGUCUUAAAGUUUGGCCUUUUUUUUAUUUAAUUAUUUCCAAGUCAUUA